AUGACAUUCAAUCUUAGCGGUACAUUAAAUGCGUUCAGAUUAUUAUACAAUCCAUAUCUGCUGAAGCCACAGAUGGUAAUUGCUAACUUCAAUCAAUUACCAAUACCUAUAAGAAGCGAUCAAAUCAAGGCUGUUGUGGUCGACAAGGAUAAUUGCAUAUCAUACCCUAACGAAAGCAGUAUCUGGCCAUCUUAUGUGGACAAAUGGGAAGCAUUAAAGAAGCAGUAUCCCGGAAAAGCGGUACUAAUAGUGAGUAACACUGCUGGCUCAAAUGAUGAUCCAAAUUACGAAGAAGCGAAAUUGAUAGAAAAGAGAACAGGUGUUGAAGUAUUAAGACAUUCUACCAAAAAACCAGGUUGUAAAGAUGACAUAUUGAAGUAUUUUAUCAGUAAUAAAAUUGUUAAAAGUCCAAGUGAAAUCGCUGUUAUUGGUGAUAGAUUGUUGACAGAUAUCUCCAUGGCAAAUAUGUUAGGAGGCUACGGAAUUUGGAUCAAAGAUGGAGUACGAGCUUCAAGCAGCUCUAUAAGUAAAUUUGAAAAAUCAUUGUAUAAUUUUCUAGGCUUCUAG